UCGGGGAAUAACGUCAAAGCGAGUGCACUCGAAGAGCCGAUGGACAACUCUCGAGGCUGUCGAUAGCGCUUCUGGCCUUUGGUCACGACGUUUAAUGCGACGCGCUCAAUAUAGCGCGCGCGAGAGUCAAGCACUUCCGCAUCUGAAGUUUUUCCGAAUGUCGUUCCGUGGCCGAUGACCACGAGGAUCCGCGAAAAGGUGAGACACGCGGUGGGAAAAAAAAAAGAGACACAGCGUCCGCCGCGUGCCGCUGCUGUCCCGGUCUUCGCGGGGUAAAAAGCAGACGAAGCAGAAGCGGUCAGGAAGAAGAGAGGGGCAUUCUCGGGGUUUGGCGGUAGUGACAAUGCCAGUGCCUCGCGGACUAGUUGGAGCGAGGGCGGAAUCGAGAAGUGAGAGAGAGAGAGAGAAAGAGAGUACGAGCUGUGCGCCCCAGCGCCCUGGCCCUGGCCGAUCGCGUAGUGUCUAGUGUGACGAGAUGACGGGCGCGCGGAUGAGACCCGCGCUCGUCGCGGGCCUCCUUCUGGGCCUUCUAGCCGUCGCCUUACAAGGAGUGCAAAGCGAGGACGAGCUAGAACGGAUACCGUCUGAAGAUCUAUGUCGACCGUACAUCGAGAAGGCACUCAAGGAUCUCGGCACAGGAUCUUUGGAGCAGACCAGUGCAGAGGUCGGAAUCGAGGUCGACCAAGAAAGCCAUGAGGAAGCGUCACCUGCGAGCGAGGAAGCUGGAGAGGCAGCAGACGAUGAUUCGAAAGAAGAGAGUGCGGCUAAGGACGAGGAAGGAUCCGUAGAGGAAGGCACUGAAACGGCCGCAGAUGAGAGUAAGGAAGCGGUUGAAGAGCAAGCCGACACUAGCGAAGAAAAGACAGAGGGAGAAUCCGAAAAAGUAGAAGACGAACCAAGCGAAGAAGCCGCGGCUGCCGAGAGUGCCGAAGAUAGCGCCGCUCAAGAAGAAACAGAGGAAGCAGAAGGUGCAUCCGAAGCGACAGAAGACGACGGAGAACAAACCGAUUCCUCCGAAAAAGUGACUGAAAGCGAAGAAGCGAAAACCGAGGAGGAAGAGAAAGAGAAACCUGACGAAGAGAAAUCCGACGAAGAAACAAAAGUAGGAGACGAAAAAUCCGACGAGGAAAAAGUAGACGACGAAUCAAAGUCCGAGGAAGAAAAAAGUGAAGCCGAAGAAUCAAAGGCUGAAGACGAAACGCAAGAGGAAUCCAAGGAAGGUACCGAAGAAGUAGAAGUUGAGUCCAAAGAAGAGGCGGAAGCUCAACAAGCAUCCGCGGAAGCUAGCGUUGAGGAAGGAAGCGAGAAAGAGGAGGAAGCUGACAGCAAAGCUGAAGAGGGUGCCGAAUCGACUGAGGAUCAGACGGUGAGUGGCGAAGAUGAGAAAGUUAGCGCUGAGGAAGAAGCGCAGAGUGAAAGUGCGGAAGCUGAAGGUGCAACUGAGGAAAAAGAAAGCGCUGAAACAGCAGGCUCUGAAGAUGUAGAAGAGAUAAAAUCGGAAGAAGCGGAAGAUUCGGGAGCGAAAUCUGCUGAAGAGGAAGAGGAGAAAUCUGUAGAAGAGGAAGCAAAAUCUGUGGAAGAAGAAGCGCAAUCCGCUGAGGAAGAAGGAGCGAAGUCUGCAGAGGAAGAAGAAGCGAAAUCCGCGGAGGAAGAAGGAGCGAAAUCCGCGGAGGAAGAAGGAGCGAAAUCCGCGGAGGAAGAAGAAGCGAAAUCCGCGGAGGAAGAAGGAGCGAAAUCCGCGGAGGAAGAAGGAGCGAAAUCCGCGGAGGAAGAAGGAGCGAAAUCCGCGGAAGACGAAGAAGCGAAAUCUGAAGAAUCAGAAGCGAAGUCUGCGGAAGAAGAAGGCGCGGAGACAGAAGAGAAAGAGGGAAAAUCGGAGGAAGAAGAUGCGAAAUCUGAUGGAGAGGAAGAGGAGAUAAAAUCGCGCGACAAAAGAGAAGUCGGCGAGGAAGGAGCCGAAGCAGGCAGUGAAUCUGCGGAAGAAGCUGCUAGCGAAGAGGAACAAGAACCAACUCCAGAGGAGGAUUUAAUUCAGGAAAUCGAAAUACCGGAGAACCUUCGACCUAGAGAUCACAUCAAUCAACUAUUGAAAUUGGAUGAGGAAAAUGAGGAGAGAGAGCGGGCUGUACAAAGAGAGGCCGAUAUCAUCCUCAGGGAUCUGAAGAGACUCUACGAUAGCGCUAUACAACCAUUGGAAACCAUGUACAAAUAUAGGGACUUGAGUAACAGGCACUUCGGAGAUCCCGAAAUAUUCUCCAAGCCACUGGUGCUCUUUAUGGGUCCAUGGAGCGGAGGGAAAUCAUCCAUUAUCAAUUACCUGCUUGACAUCGAGUACAAGCCAACAUCGCUGAGGACAGGUGGUUUGAGAGAGUGCUUAGAAGAGCAUUGCAAAUCGCCAAAUGGAAAAAAUGACACAGGAGCCGAACCAUCACCGGCGUACUUCAACAUAAUAAUGCACGGCGAGGAGGAGGAAGUCCUUGACGGCACACAACUGGCCGCCGACUGGACCUUUUCGGGAUUACAGAAGUUCGGCCAGGGUCUGCUAGAUCGUCUCAGAGGCUUGCGACUUAACAACAAACUGUUGGAAAAGGUGAACAUCGUCGAGAUACCAGGUAUCUUAGAGAUUCGCAAGCAAGUUCAACGCUUAUUCCCUUUCAACGAUGCGUGUCAGUGGUUCAUCGAUCGAGCGGACAUAAUAUUCUUGGUUUACGAUCCCGCCAAGUUAGACGUGGGACCCGAAACCGAGGCGAUUCUUGAUCAAUUAAAGGGAAGGGAGUAUCAAACACGCAUCAUCCUCAAUAAGGCCGAUCAGGUGAAGCCUGAGGAACUCAUGAGGGUGCAAGGCGCCCUAAUCUGGAAUAUAUCGCCGCUGAUGUCGAGCGCGGAGCCGCCGAUAAUGUACUCCACGUCAUUGUGGUCUUUGCCUUACGAAGCCGGUGCGCCCAUCAGACUGUUGUACGCUCAAGAACGCGCAUUCCUUCGCGAUCUACGCACCGCAGUGAACAAAAGAGUCGAGCACAAAAUAGCGAGCGCCAGAAGAUUCGCCGUACGAGUGCGCAAUCACGCAAAGAUGGUGGACUGUUAUCUGACUACGUACUACAACCACAAGACGUUCUUCGGCAACAAGCGGGAGAUCAGCGACAAGAUCGUUGAGAACCCGCAGGAUUACCACAUCUACGAGGGCCUCAGCACCCUGACGAACAUAUCGCGUUACGACCUGCCCGAUCCAGACGUCUACCGCGAUUUCUUCCGGCUGAAUCCGCUUUACGACUUUCCGCUGCUGAGCUCCACGUGCACGUACUUCCGCGGCUGCCCGAUCAACAGGCUCGAUGUAGCCAUCGCUUACGACCUACCCGAAUUGGUAGGCAAGUACAAGAAAUCGGCGGAGGCGGUGUUGCACGAGCACGAGGGCAACAGCCCGCCGAGUUGAGUGCGAGUCCGCGUUCCGGAAUCGAGCUCUUGAUACCAUACGAAAUAUACGGAUCGGCGAGACAUAGCGACCGAAUUCACUUUCGCUAGAUUUCGAUAAGAACGCUCAGCCGAAAGCAUACCUUGGUAACGCGCAAAGAUUGAAGAACGAUAACGGUGAAUGCGCUUUCGACUAAGCGCUGUCCGAUAUUUGAGAUGGUACCGAGGACUUUCUUCCCGAAACUCAGACAACCUGGAUCGCACUACUCUCGCGCGUCGUAUUCGAAAUGCUCCUAAUGAGAAUAAGUCGGCUUCGCGAAAGAAACCGACAAAAGAGCAGGAAGUCUUGAAACGUGAAAGUCGAGGUGUCGUCACGGCGGGUGGAUAACGCCGAGUAUCUCUAGAUCCGGACAGCUUAAGGAUAGCAUCCUUCUCGACAGAGCGAAGAACACGACGUGGAGUGUGGUAUCACGCGUUCAGCGGGUGUACAUCUGCUCGUUUGCAGAGGAAGAACAAGUGUGUCGCUUGUGUCUGGUAAAACAAUGCGAGUGCUACCAUUCCGAUCCAAAAGCGGACAGUCAGAGUUCCCUUCGAAUAUAAUGUGUUCAGAUAUCGGUUCCUCACGACAAUAACUUCAAGUUUCGGCGCAGUGAUCUGUCAUUUCAUAUUUUUAAGUAUUUGACCAAAUUUAUCGAAAUAUGAAAUAUAUAAUCAAAACAUUCAGAAGAAUAAUUUAUUCAAUUUUCA